AUGGAGACGCAACAGCCCGUUAGACUGCGUGUCUUCUCCCUGAACUGUUGGGGGAUCCGUUACCUCAGUCGUCACUGCGAACAGCGAUUUGAGAUGAUUGCAGACAUGCUUGAGCGAGAGCGUCAUGAUAUUGUCCUGCUACAGGAGGUAUGGAGUGAGCAAGACUUCCUCUCUCUGAAGAGGAAACUGUCUGUUACUCAUCCUUACUCUCACCAUUUUAAAAGUGGUGUGAUUGGCAGUGGACUGGCUUUCUUCUCAAAGUACACGCUCCAAAACACUCUGCUCCACCAGUACUCUCUCAAUGGAUACCCAUACAAGGUUCGUCAUGGUGACUGGUUUGGAGGUAAAGCAGUGGGCUUAGCAGUGCUGGAUGUGACUGGACUGAGAGUUCAUGUAUAUAUAACCCACCUUCAUGCAGAGUACUGCAGAUCCCAUGAUGAAUAUCUGGCCCACAGAACAGCACAGGCUUGGGAAUUACAGCAGUUUGUUCAUCAUACAUCAAGGGGUGCAGCUUUGGUGGUGUUAGGGGGGGAUUUGAACAUGCACCCUCAGGAUUUGGGGACCAGACUUGUCCAAGCUCUCACUGGGCUUAGAGACUGUUAUACUGAGGCUCAGGUCUUUGAUGGCUGUGAGGAUGGUAUCACACUGAUAGCUGACAAUCCUUUCACUAAAAGAGAAGAUUUAAUUCCUUUUGAGAAAGGCAUUCGGAUAGACUACAUCAUGUUUAAAGGCUCUGAGAGUUUGAGUGUGCAGUGUGAGUCCUUGUCUACCACUAAGGGUUCAGUUCCUGGUCACCCCUUCCCUUACUCUGACCAUGAGGCUCUUACGGCAGAACUGGUCCUCUUCCACUCUGAAGGGAGCAACAUGCCUGUGUCAGAGGGUUUGGCCAUUUUAACAGAGGCGCAAAUGGUGGUUCGGGAGCAACGAUUUCAGACAGAGAGCAUGCUGGGUAAAUCGGCCCAUCUCCUUGCAGUGGGAGUGGCUUUGCUCUUGUUGACACUGGCACUGUGGGCUGUACCGUGGAUUUGUCCCGGGGCCUUGGUCAGUCUGCUUUCUGUUCUCUGUUUGACCGCCUUUCUCUCUGGAGUCCUCCUCUACCUCCUCUUCCUCACUCAGCUCAAAGCCCUGAGAGAGACAGACCAACAGAUGAGCCUCUCAUCCAAUCACAUGCAGGAGAGGUUCACCAGAUGCAGGGCAGCACUCUCUGCCUCAGACGAAGCAGUGAUAUCACACUCACCAAGUCCAUUUAAAUGGGAAGAAUGA